AUGCCCAACACCAAGUCUUCUGACAUGGCAGAUUACCAGUCACGCAUAAUAGAGCGCAUACCUGCUACAGUUCCUGACGCGUAUCGCAUGAUACUUGUUGAGACAAUCGAAAAUCUCGUCGAUAAUCCAGGCGACCCUGAAGACACGACGCUCCGCUGGCGCAUCCAGGCCGCCUACCACUCGAACACAGAACCCCAAGCCCACGAGGUUACCGCCAUGGCCCUCUGCUUUGAAUCUGGCGCCCUUGAAGGAGAGCUUCUUGACGCACAGAAGAGAUUCUAUAAUACUCAUCUCGACCUUUACCAGCACCUUCAUGAGUGGACUGUCAGGGGCUUAGCUCACAUGCGGACUGUGCAAAACCGGCGUAGAAAUAUUGCUACUGCGGCUGCUGUCGGAGAGGGUAGUAGCAGCUAUGCUACGGAAAGCACGCUUCUUACUGGCAUAAAGCGCAAGGCUCCCUCAGACGGAGAUUUUCUCUCCAAUGCAAACCCUUCUAAGAAAUCCUCCACCACACCCAUCGACUCCCUUCACGUGGAGAACGAAAAUACUCCUCGACUAAACCAACUUGCCCGCAGCCAGUUCCGAGGACUGAGUGAGGAUCUCGCCUCGCCUGCCGCACCGGACCUCAAAACCACCAACUUCCCCAAACUAUCCCUUCUUAGCGACCAAGUCUUGACAGUCGACACUCCUGAUUCUCCACGAAACAACAACACCAAUCACCCCGCUAGCAUCGCCGCAACAAUGCCAGCCGAAUAUGAUACCGUCACAGCUCCUUCUUUAUCCCAUAAUGAGACCCGCAAGAGCAAAGCUGAGCUCAAUGCCAGGAUUGAUUAUCUUAACACCCGAGCCGUUGACAAGCUCUCUCAUGCAGAGACCCUUCGCAACGAACACUCUUCACUUUCCGACAAACGUAGCCUGAAUGAGGACCCAAUCGAGGGCUUGAACUCCUUUGUCAAUGCCUCUCAUAACCUUAGUUCGCGUGCGAUGCGAUACCACGACAAGGCAAUUCGAGCCACUGGCGAGGCGACCCGUCUCCAAGCCGAUAUUACCAACGCCACCAUGGAUGAGCUUGACAAGCGCAUUUCUCGUCUUGAGAACGUGAUGGUUGGACUUGGACAUCUGGCGCGUAGCCUUCAGAAUAAAUCUUGA